UAAGGAACCUUUCUGGAAGCACCAUUGUCACUAGACAGCGUGAAACAUGGAAUCCACCAACAGUGCUCGGAACCAAUAUUUGGCCACGUUCUGUCUGAACCUUUUAUCGAUAAGCUAUGGUCUAUGCUGUGGUUGGACAUCCCCCUCGCUGCCAAUUCUACAAUCAACGGACUCACCGCUACCCAGUGGCCCAAUUUCAUCGGAUGAAGCAUCAUGGAUUGGUGCGUUCCUGUGUAUUGGAGGCUUUGUGGGGAAUAUCGUAUCCGGAUGGAUGGCCGAUCGAUUUGGACGCAAGCUGACGGCCUGCCUAGCAGCAAUUCCACAAAUUAUUGCGUGGGUCUUGGUCUUGGUUGCGGAUAAUGUUUAUUAUUUGAUGGGAAUGCGUUUUCUGCUGGGAUUCUCCGGAGGAGUUUCCUUCAUGAUUAUUCCAAUGUUCAUCGCGGAAAUUGCCGAGGACAGAAUUCGAGGCUUGUUGGGAUCCACUCUAGUUUUUUCAUGCAACAUGGGCAUUUUAUUGAUGUAUAUCCUUGGCGGUAGUCUAUCCUACGCAAACAUCCCGUGGAUACCUCUUGUUUUCCCGAUUGUUUUUUUGACAGGAUUCCUUCGCAUACCGGAUACGCCUUUCUACUUGAUGAGGAAAAACGAUUACGUUGAAUCAGAAAACUCCCUCCGAUUCUACCGAGGGUAUCGUCCUGGAACGCAGCACGUUUCCAGCGAGUUUAAAAUGGAGCUGGUAAAACUGAAGGACGCUUUUGGUGACGAAAAUCAAACUUUACAGGAUGAGAAAAUAACGUGGGGUGAUCUUAUUUCCUCCCACGCCAGGAAAGCAUUUCUAAUUGGCAUCAGUCUGAUGGCACUGAAUCAAUUUUGCGGGUGUUUUGCAAUGCUCAACUACACAGCUUCAAUUUUCAACGAGUCCGGGUCAACGCUGUCCGCCAACACGUCCGCCAUUGUGAUUGGCUCGAUACAGAUGGUGGGGUCGUACUUUUCAACGAUGCUGGUCGAACGCGCGGGACGGAAGCUUUUGUUGAUGGUCUCCGCCACAGGCAUCGGUCUAGGGUUGGCUAUCUUUGCGGGAUUUUCGUAUGCCAAAUAUGUCGGUCUCGACGUAGAAUCAUUUACCUGGCUGCCACUGGUGUGCUUUUCAUUUGUAAUCUUCAUCGGAUCGGUGGGCGUCCUGACGUUGCCAUUUCUCGUCCUGGCCGAAGUGAUGCCGCAAAAGAUCAAAGGAUUCGCAAUCAGUUUCUGCAUGGGAAUUUUGUGGAUUUUUGCUUUCCUUGCAAUUAAGUACUUUUCGACGCUGUUCGACGUGCUCGGCAUGCACGGCACGAUGCUGCUGUUCUCGGUUUGUUCUCUCGGCGGAGCACUGUUCGUGGCAUUCAUGGUCCCGGAGACGAAGGGGAAAAGCCUUGAAGCCAUCGCCAAAUUGAUGAGCUAAGAAUGCAGGAAAACGCAGCAGCUGUUAUAACCCAAACUUAGUUAAAUAAAAAAUUAUUAAUAAAGCAACAAAAA